UGGAAACAAGUGUUUGAUAAACGUUUCGAACGUGUGUUUUUAGUUAUUCAAUUUUUUUAACACAAUACGGACGGCACUAUCUUUUAUUUCACAAAUUUCUUGUUUCAAAGCUAUUAUUACCCAAAAUUAUUACUUGUUUUACAACUAUGUCAAGACAAAUCUUUGUUGGAACGAAAAAUACUCACAUUUUUCAUCUCGGCAAGAUGGACGGACAUUUAAAUCCACCUUGGUUUAAUUAUUUUUUAUCAAAAUAUUUAUGAUAUUGUUAUCAUUAAUAAUUUUUAACAAGGUUUUAACGGAGGAAUAGAAUACAUCGACCGAAUUUCUUAAAAACAGAAGUUUUAAAUAAUUUUUUUUUUAAUAGAUUUUUUACGUUGAAGUCGUUUUGAUUUAGAAUCCAAUUACUUUUUAUUAUUGUUAUUUAAAAGUUCUUAUUAUGUAUUACAAUCUUUAAACAUAAAAAAAAAAAAUGUAAAUGUAUAAUAUUUAUUUCUAUUUAUUAACUAUUUUACAUGAAACUUGGCUAAAUGGCUACUCCUAGACAAAUUUUACAACAAGAAAUAUUUGAUCAAUGUGAUCAGAAACUCUUGGCCUUUGUUGGAAUAAGCAACGAUUCCAAAAAGAAAAAAUUUGGAUAUCUAUGUUUAACUGACACUAAAGAUUUACCUUCAAAUAUUUUUAUUCAUCAAAUAAAAUUUGAUAAACAUGUAGUAAAAAAAAAAAGAAUGUGGCCACUUCAUGAAUUAAUUGUAGUUGAUGGAAAAUCAUCUUCUCAAGAUUGUUUAGAAAUAGAAUUAAUGCUUGAUAAACUUUACAAAUGGUUAGCAACUAACUAUCAAGAACGUAAAAUAUUUUUAAUUUCACUAUGGAAACAAUGUGCUAAUUGUGUAUUUGAAAAAAAAACGGAAUUCAAAAAUUUACCUCUUGAUUGGACAUCUGGAGAUUUACUUGUUCUACCUGCUGAUAGAAAAUCAAAGAUAACCUUAGCUACAUCACCUAUUAUAAGUGCUGAAGAUUUUCAACCUUUAUCUGAAAAAGAAGAGCAAGACUUAGAACUAUUGAUGAAAGAAUGUGGAUUUGCUUCAAAAGAUGCUAAGGCAUUUACAGAUAUGUUGGCCAACCAAUUAAUGGCAUUGGACGGUGAAAAUAUUCAAAGUGUACUCGCUUCUGAACCACAAGUAACUAAGCUAAUGGAUCAACUUGAAACAGCAAUUCAGGAAAUUGAAAUUGUUGAAUCUGCUUUAGAUUCUUAUGAUGAGACAUUAAGGCAUGUGAGAGAUACUAUCGAUAAAAUGGAUCAGAAAAAUGCAAAUAUUCAGACUGCUAAUAAAAACAAUGAAAAGCUUCUUAAUGAACUUCAACAAGUAAUUUAUCAAUUAGAAUUAUCACCUAAACAUCAAUUAGCUUUAACUGAUGCAGAUUUAACUUCAUCAAGUGGUUUAAGAGAUGCUAUUGCAGCUGCUAAAGAAUUACAAGCAGUUAUGAAUGCACAAAUACAUCCAGCUCUAGUUCGUUUAAAAGCUAUACAAGAACAAAGAAAACGCUUUGAUAAAUGGAAAGCAAAAUUUUCACAGAUUCUUUCUCGACAUCUUAAUAAUUUAUUUAUUCAUAUGGGCAAUGAUAUUGGAGAAACAAAGAAAAAUUCUAAUGGAGAUUUGACUAUAAUGAAACAUACUUCAUUACACUGUGAACUUGCUGCCUAUACAGAACUCAUGCAUUGGUGCAAAGCAAUGGAUCGUAAAGCAUUUCUUGCAUUAUCAAAGGUCUAUACUACUUCACUGUCAAAACUGUAUGAGAGGGAUAUAAAAUCAUUUUUAGAUGAUGCAAAGUUACGAGUUAAUGCUGGAAAUUUAUCUAAUUCUAAAGAAGACAUUCGAAGAUCAACUGGUCCUCCAUCUGAUUGGUUAUUAGGCAUUGAUAAAGAACUUUGGGCACAGGAAAGUGAUACUCAAGAACGUCAAAGGUUCGAUCAAGUUUUAGAAGCAGUUCUUUCAGAACUAGAACCAAUAUGCUUAUCUGAACAAAAUUUUUGUGUGUCUUUUUUUCAACUAGAUGUUCCCAGUUCAACUUCUAAAAAUACUCAAACGACAUUGGAUGGAACUGAUAUCAAGUCAAAUAUUGAAUUGUCUAUACCUAAAACUAGAAUAGAAAAAAAAAUGAAUGAAGAGGUGAGAAAAAUGAUGAGUGAAAUUUUUGCAAGCAUAGAACCAGAACUAAUUUCCUUUAUACAAUACCAUGAGAGAAUGGAUAGCACCUAUUCUAUGGCUGUAUUAGUUAGAUUAGGACGGCAUGUUAUGUCUGCCAAUGAUACAGGAUCUUUUUUGAGUAUGACUUAUGGAUCUGCAUUGGUGCAUGUCAAAAGGAAUUAUGAUAAACUUAUGAAUGCACAUUUAAAAUCUAUACAAGAUAUUAGAAUAGCUAAAAAGUCCAAAUGUGGCAUACUUCCAUUUGUGGCUAACUUUGAGUAUUUUGCUAAAACUGCUGAACAAAUAUUUAAAGAAACAGAUAGACGUACUGAUUUAGACAAGUGGUAUGUGAAAUUAAUAAGUGCAAUGUUUGAUACUAUUAUUUUAGUUUCAAAUGAACAUCCAAAAACCCCAGCUGAAGUCAUUAGAAUGGAAAAUUUCCAUCACUUGUAUGCUUUAUUGUCUCAAUUAAAGAUACAUACAUUAGAUCAGUAUAGAAAAGAUGCUAGGCAAAAAUAUAGUGAAGCGUUAAGUGCUUAUGUGACUCGGUACUUUGGUCGGCCUCUUGAAAAACUUAAUUUAUUUUUCGAAGGAGUUCAAGCUAAAGUUGCUCAAGGAAUUAAAGAAUCUGAAAUUGGUUAUCAAGUAGCUUUUAGUAAACAAGAACUUAGAAAAAUGACAAAAGAAUAUCAUGGACGUGAAGUAAAAAAAGGUUUAGAUCAUCUUUAUAAAAAAGUAGAAAAACAUUUAAGUGAAGAAGAAAAUUUACUUCAGUUAAAUAUUAAUUAUAGGUCGUAUGGAGAGCUAUGCAAGAAGAGUUUAUUCGGCAAUAUAAAUACAUAGAAGACUUAAUACAAAGAUGUUAUCCAGGGUCUAUGAUAUCUCUUGAAUUUUCUAUAGAAGAUUUAUUACAAUAUUUUUCAGAAAUUGCAAGAUCUCACUGAAAAAUUUUAAGUAAUUUACUUAUGCCUAGCUACAAUAUGGUUAAUCUUUCUAGUUUUCAUAAAAUUACAAUUUUUAAAUACUUACAUUAAAAAAUAUUUUGAUUGGUAUUUAUUGAAGUUCACAAAUUUCUUCCUAAGUAUUGUUUAUUUUAAAUAUUUUACU